AUGCCUGAUCUGUGUACAUGUUGUAAUACUUAUGUGGCAAACGCAGGGAAGAGAAGCAGCUCAGCGAAGGUAUUCAGUGCAUUGUCAUGGAGCUGGUCCUCAAAGUCUCUUGGCAAAGAUGCUACAACAAGCGGUGCUGUUGAGCCCUGUAGGCCUGGAGCUCACUGCAGCACACUUGAGAAGAUAUAUACAGCUGAGAAGAAACUUUACCAGCUAGUCAGAGUAAGAACUAGCUAA